UUCACAGGUGGUGGACCAUGGAGCUUCUUGUGAAUGUAAGAAAAUGGAUAGAAGAAAACAAAACUGCCUUUUUGCCACCUGUUUGCAAUAAGCUCAUGCAUCGCUAUCAAUUAAAUGUGAUGUUUGUUGGAGGGCCAAAUGAAAGGAGGGAUUAUCAUAUUGAAGAAGGAGAAGAGCUCUUUUACCAGGUUCAAGGAGAUAUGUGUUUAAAGAUAAUUGAAAAUGGGAAACAAAAAGACGUUGUCAUCCGAGAAGGGGAGAUGUUCCUGCUGCCUGCCAGGAUACCUCACUCUCCUCAGAGAUAUGAAAACACUGUGGGUCUUGUGGUUGAGAGGGAAAGAUUAAAAACAGAAAUUGAUGGGCUAAGAUACUAUGUUGGAGAAUCAACUAAUGUCCUCUUUGAAAAAUGGUUUCACUGUGAAGAUCUCGGCACUCAACUUAUACCAAUAAUACAAGAGUUUUUCAAUUCAAGGCAAUAUAAAACUGGAAAACCAAACCCAGAUGAACUCCUGAAAGAAACACCUUUCCCGCUGAAUUCCACUUCUGUUAUGGAGCCAUUUUCCUUCUCGAGCUGGUUGAAUGACCAUCGUGGUGAAAUUAAACAGAAGAAAUCCUUGAGUAUGUUUGGAGAUAACUUUGAAACAGAGGUUAUAGCUUAUGGGCCAGGAACAACUGAGAAAACUAAAAAGAAUUCGGAUAUCUGGAUAUGGCAGUUGGAGGGCACAUCGACUGUUGUUGUGGAUGGCAAAACCCUGACUCUCUCUGCUGGGGACAGCCUGCUUGUCCGUGCCCAGUCUACGUACUGCUGGAAAAGAGCAGAAGAAUGUGUUGCUCUCUGCAUCGCUCAGGAUCCAAAGCGCAAGCAGCCUUAUAAAUAA